AUGAUUGAAGAAUUCUACGGAUACAUAAGUUAUGUUCAAAGUGUGAAGGAAAUUGUGGAAGGUGCAUUAUUCCCCGAAGCCGGUAUAGAAAACAACAAAGUUGGUGAUGCAGGUGGAGUAGGUGGAGUUGUGAUUGUGAGAGACCUUGAGUUUUACUCCUACUGUGAGUCUUGCAUGCUACCAUUCUAUUUCAAGUGCCAUGUGGGGUAUGUCCCUUCUGCCCAAAGAGUUCUUGGUUUAAGCAAACUGUCUCGUGUCACCAAUGUGUUUGCAAAACGUCUCCAAGAACCUCAAAGACUUGCAAAUGAGGUGUGUUCUGCUUUGCAUGAAGGAAUUCAACCCACAGGUGUUGCUGUUGUGCUUCAAUGCAAACACAUUCCCUUUCCAGACAUGGAAUCAUACUCUCUUGGCUCAAACCACAAAGGGGUGAUGGGGAUACUGGUUUCUUCUGGUUCUGGUGUUUUUGAAAACAAAGAUGCAAACUUGUGGGCUGACUUUUUUGGCCUUCUACAAUUUAGGGGCAUUGACAAGGACAAAAUUCAUGAUAAGGGGUCAAUGGACGACCAAUGUUGGUGUCCUUCUUUGUCUUCUAAAGUUUCAUCCAAGAAUGAAGAGCUGAACCUUGCUAUGCUCACUGCAGUAGCUUCAAUUCUUAAGUCUUUAGGCGAGGAUCCAACUAGGAAGCAAUUACAAGGGACUCCUGCUAGGUAUACCAAAUGGCUGAUGAACUUCAAGUGUAGUAGCAUUGAGAGGGCGCUGAACUGUUCGCUUGGGAUUCGGACAAACGGUAUUUUGAACACUAAUGGGGGGUUAGGUUUUCAUGAAAAGCUACACUCGGAGCUGAACAUGCCCUUUCUGUCACAAUGUGAGCAUCAUUUGCUUCCGUUUCAUGGUGUUGUUCACAUAGGAUACUUCAUUUCCAAAGGGUUUCACCCCAUUGAGAAAACCUUUUUGCAGUCAAUAGUGCAUUUUUAUGGUUUUAAGUUGCAGGUUCAAGAAAGACUGACCAAGCAGAUUGCUGAAACUAUUUCCCCACUGAUUGGUGGAAAUGUGAUAGUUGUGGUGGAAGCAAGUCACACAUGCAUGAUUUCUAGAGGAAUUGAGAAAUUUGGAAGUAAUACAGCUACCAUUGCAACAUUGGGAUGCUUUUGUACUGACCUUGGAGCAAGAACCUCAUUCUUGGACAGUAUUCCAAAUGACACAUACAUCUCUUGUAGAUAG